AUAAAUCGUAUUUUUAAACAUCUUAUUAUAUUUUAUGAUAUAACUUAUUUAAGUACUAUAUUCUUUUUUCGGAUUUAUAAAAAAGUUUUAAUAAAAUAUUUAAAUAAGUUCAUUACUAUUUAUAUUAAUAAUAUACUAAUUUAUAGUAAUAAUACAACUGAAUACAAGUUAUAUAUACAGCUAGUACUUAAAAAGUUACAGAUAGUAAGAUUAUAA